AUGUUAAACACAACAUCGAAGCAUUUAGAUGCACUCUUUCCACAUAAGCAACAGGCAUUAAGUGGUUUCGAUCAUGUGAGUGUCGAGAAAAAUGGAUCAGCUAGCUCGUCAAACAAUGGUCAGGAUUGGGAUUGUCAUCAGCACCAAUAUAGUCGUAGCAAUAGUAAUGUAUCUAGCCCUUCUAGUGACAAUGAUGAUACGAGCAGUGCAAGCAACACUGAUGAAGACACUUCCUCAAGUAAUUCAGGUGCAUCUACUGAGAGCGAAAGCUCUAUAGAUUCGAAAAAGGAAGACCAGGAAAGCGAAGGGUAUGACGACGGCAGUGAUUUAGAUAUUGACCUACGACAAAGCACGUCGAGGAAACGGCCCCACAAGGAUAAUGAACAAGAAACCAGUACUAGCAAGGCAAUUAUAUACAUGACGACGAUCGCAGCUGAAUGUAAAAGCGCCCUGACUGAGGUGUCUGCUCAAGAGGCAGCUUACAAUAUCUUCCAGCUGCCUAUGUCAGUAUGCAGCGACGCUGUGACGUUUAUACCAACAUCGCCACCUAAAAAACGUCGUCAUAUCUUGAGACCUGAAAGAGAGUUGCAUGCUGUUGAUCAGGAAUCGACAGAGUGCUUUGAACGUAAUGUUUUGCAUCAUUAUACUGCACAGCAUCCCAUUUUGAAUGGUAUCUGCUCAGCUACAUUCUCUGCUGGGUACACGUACAGCAAAAGGAAUCCGAUCCAUGCUAAUCGAAAUGAAGGCAAUGAAGACGACAAUGAUGAGAUCAACAGCGUCACUAGCGAAGAGUUUGCUGAAGAUGGUGCAGUCAUUGAUGAGGAGAAUGAUGUUGAUAAUGCUACUGCUGCUAACAUUGAUGAUGAUGGUGGGAGCAACGCUGACGGUAGCGACGAUGACCUAGAGGAUGACCUUCCUGGUGGUGUGCUUGAACUUCAGGACGAUGACGGUUACAUCCACAAAAGACGAUCGCUAAGAGUCAUCCGCUAUCGUAGCUACUGA